GGACAUUGUUCACUGUAAUGCAAAAAGCUGGCCAGACCAGAGGCACGAACGUCCGUGACUAAGACCAUCCACUGUUCAUCAUGUGGUGCCACCUGCUCGUCUUGUCGCUCCUCGUCUGCAGCUCCCAUGCAUCCACCUUCCUGAGCGCGGUCAUGAUCUACGACCCCUCCGUGAAUAAUACGGUGGUUGUUCGCUCCAAAAUGACCUACCAAAACGAGUGCCCUGAUUCCUUUUGGACGUGCCAGUCAAAGAACUGCACCCCAGGUGCAUCUCGGGUCGCACUCACUACUACUAACACAACGUGUGAAUAUGACGUAGAAAUAUAUUAUAAUGUGACCCAGACCUCCAAGUUGGUGCUGCGCCUUUCUGCUCCAGUUGUCCUCCAGUGGAUCAACGUCACCAAUAACGUAACAGAGGUGGUGGCCAUCGCACACGCACAUACCUGGACGAGGUCCGACACUGGCCGGGCAAACGCGUCCCCCCGAGCCAACGUGCUGCCCGUUCUCAGAGUCGCCUCCAACUGUCAGAGGAACGUGACGCUACCCACCUUCGACCCUGACGGAGACGUGGUGAGGUGUCGCUAUCAAAACGCAACAUCUGUUCUCAAGCUCUCGGCAGAUUGCAACAUGUUUUUCGCGCCAAGCAUUGACAUCGCGGAAGGUGCGUACGCCGUGCAGGUGCUCAUGGAGGACUUCCCUCGCCAGAACAUCACGCUGGCUUACGGCAGUGGGAGUACGAAUCUCACAAGGGAGGAUCCCCUCAGCCAAAUCCCCGUCCAGUUUGUUCUGAUCGUGGGUCCUCGGGCGACGUCCUGCGUGGACGGAGAGUCCCUGCCUGCCUUCAGGGUUCCUACACCAGCCAACGGAGAUCAUCUCUUCGCCUCAGUCAAUCAGACCCUGAAAAUCCCCAUAAGUGUUUUCGGGACCGAAAAUCAGAGCCUCAGUGUGCUGUUUAGCGGGCCGUUGGACAUGACUGAUAGGAACUUUGAGCUGGUCUGGACGCCGACUGAGAAGGACUUGGGUCUAAGUCACCCAGUUUGCUUUGUCCUCCAAACGGUUGACUUUGGACUGAUCACACGACACUCAGAGAUGCGCUGUGUCAUUGUGACGGUUCAUCCUGUUGUGGUUACAGUGACAGCAAGGCUCCAGUCGGCAUUCCCGCUGUCUGCGGACCGCAUCGACGUAGCCCAGCUGAAAGCAGAGCUGGUGUUACGAGGGCUGCCCUCUGACAUCACCCUGAAAUUGGUGAGCUUCAGCGAGACGGCAACGACAACACAAAGCUCCAUUGUACCCUGAGCAAAGUGGGAUUCUGGGGCCUUCACUUUGUGCCAAUGUCAAUUAUUUAUGUUCAUCAUUCAUACGUCUCUCAUUGAACACAUUGUCCGACCAAUUAUUUUUUUUUUCAUAGCGAGUACACACAUUCGAGCGCUUGCCGAUAAUAAGCAGUCUUGAUGUCAUUACAUCUGUGAUCACAAUUGUGAUUAAAGUGUUUUUAGUUUCAAUUUACUUAUAAAAAAAAAAAAAUAGGUUCGGAAACAGAAUCUUGUGCUAUCGGUGAUGUGGUAUCGGAACUUUUUUUUAGUACAGACAUAUCAUAUUGAUGCCUCUGUAGUUUUUGCUGCAAAAAUGAGCUCACUAAGCAAUUUUUUUUUGUUUACCGUAUUUUCCGGACUAUAAGGCGCAGCGGACUAUAAGGCGCACCUUCAAUAAAUGGCCCAUUUUAAAACUUUGUCCUUAUAUAAAGCGCACCGGACUAUAAGGCGCACCAUGAAUGCAUCGUGUCACAUUUUUAAUCCUAAUCAAAUCAUUCUCCAUUUUAUCUUUUUUAUUUCAAUUUCAGACGCAACAAAUUACUUUUUAAUCACAAAAUAAUGAUCCAUAGUCGUUUUGAUUCAUGAUUCAUAGUCUUCAGCGGGCCACUCAUGAUUGAUUUCAGGACACAAUUGUUCGGGCCAGUUUAAAUUUAGGAAUUGGGUCCAUAUAUAAGGCGCACCGGACUAUGAGGCGCAGCGUCGGCUUUUGAGAGAAUUUUAGGAUUUUAGUGCGCCUCUUGAGAGAAUUUUAGGGUUUUAGGUGCGCCUUAUAGUCCGGAAAAUACGGUAAUCCUGAUUUUUGAAGAAAAUACAAUCAAGAAAACAAAAAUAUAUCUGUCUUUAUUUCUUAUUUUAUCUCAAAAUGACUUCUUUUACAUGCACAAUAAAGUAACUUUUAAAGAGC